GAGGCGCAGAGCCCUGGGUGGCAGCGACAUCUUACCACUACUACUCCGCAGCACAAGCGACACCCUGCGACAGCACAUCACCAUCGCCGCGCCGACACGAUGGCGACCAAAGGCGGCGCUCGCGGUGCUUUGCCAGGCUCAAUCUUGCUCGUCAUCCACGACUUUGCUGCUCGUGGACCCGACGAACUCACAUUGGCCAAAGGCGAUCGCAUCGAGCUGAUUGAGCGCGACGAUGAGUUUGGCGACGGGUGGUUCUUGGGCCGGCAUCUCGCCAAUGGUCAGAGUGGUCUCUUCCCCGAAGUCUACACCACGCCAGCGCCCAAACCUACCCUCCCAGCAGCUGUCAGACCACCUCGUGCAGUCGAGCCACAGCCAUCCAUCUCUUCGUCUCCCGUCACCACCUCACCGAGCACCUCCCUGCUGCAACAGCAGAGCCCGACGACCACCUCUUCCUCGAUAUCGCGAUCUUCCGGUCUCGGCAACAAUCAAUCACCACUCAUCCAAACUGGUCUUCGCACCAAAGGCGACACGGGCCGCUCAUCGAUAGGAACUCGAAACAUCUCCAUGAACUCGGACUCUCCAGUCAUGAGCGAAACGCUUUCGGUCAUUGACGAGCACAUCACCGACAUGCACACCCCUCGGUCGUCCUACUCCACUCCGAACAAGCGCGAAUCGGUCAGCAGCAUGUACUCGUCGCAUCCGUUGAGUCGUCGCUCUUACAUCGCCGGCGCAGAGACGGACGAGGAGGAACAACAAUUGUACACCGAGGCGGAAGUACACGCCUGGUCCCCGAUACGGGUAGCAGAAUACCUCGAGGACAUCGGAGUGGAAAGAGCCCAUUGUGAUGUCUUUGUUGAGCAGGACAUCAGCGGAGAGGUCCUCCUGGCCAUGGAUCAGAACAGCUUGUUCAUCAAAGAGUUUGAGCUGGGAUCGGUGGGGAGGAGACUCAAGACAUGGCAUCGGAUCAAAGCAUUGCAGGAUGAGGUCAGGCGCGCUUCUCUCCCAGCACCUGCGCCUCCGCCAGUGCCGCCGUUGCCAGACCUGUCGACGUUGCAGCCACAAUCGCCAGCUGAGGAGAAGGAGCGCGAGGUCUCGCGCAUGCGCAGUUCGACCGUGGGCACCGCAUCCCCGGCAGGGUUGGUCGCAGAUCGUCCCUCUCCCCCGGUCGCCUUGGGACGAACCAAAACUCCUUCAUUCUCCUUUUGGUCGGCGCCAACCAUGUCCAUCGCGGCCAACAACAGCACCUUGGCCGCCCAAGCGCCGACAUCACGCACAGAUAGCUCACGGCCCUCUGCGCAGAACGUCCGCAAUCUCAACCACGCCCGGCGACAUUCAAGUAUGGAUUCUACCUCGACGGACGGCACCAAUCUUUUGCCCGCGCACCGCAGGCAGCCUUCGACGGAUCAGCGGAGUGUAAGCUCCAUCACCGGCAAAGUCUCGGGUCAUAAUCAUACCACGAGUGUCGACUCACAUGCCAAUGCCGGAGGAUCGUUCUUAGCAACCGGUUCCCCGAGCGAUCUGGAUCGCGGCUACUUUUCUUCCACCGAGGUCGAGAGCCGGAACCGCAAGACUUUGGUCAAGCGAACGCCUUCCGGUGCCGCCAACGCUUCCUCGAGCCAUGUGAGAAGCCACAGUACGAGCCGGUCUGCCAAGGGAAGCAUCAGCUCUGUGCCAAACAUCCAUGAAGAAGGAGGUGCAGAGGACGUUGCGCCAACACAGGGCGCACGGGGCGCAAUCAAUGGAGCUUUCGAGUCGCUUCGCAUCGCUACCGUCUCGCAGUUCGCCAAAAAGACGCAGGAAAGCCCGGUCACACCCGCGAGUGCGCCCGCACGAGAAUCGCUCAUCCGAACAGUAUCGAAAACCACAUCUGUGGGAAGUCCUCGGGGAGCCGAGAGCGAUGGUGGUUCCGACAUCUCGGCGCUGCCACCCGUCGAGAAGUCUGGUGGCGAUAGCGCAGCGACGGGUAGCUCCGGGUUAUACUCGUCGAUCAACAACAAAUUCGAAGCGCUGCGCUCUGCGGUUGGCAGCAAACGGACUUCCGACAGCAACACAAUGAAUCGUGCUCCCUCAGGGGCAGCGGCCACUGUGGCGAGUGUCAAGGAGUCCGAAGGAGAAGGGUCUGUUGUCAAGACUGUUGGUAUCCCAUACCAGAACACUGCGUCGAUGGAGGGGACCCGGUCUGUCAGUGAGGCCAUCACAAAACAAGAAAAGGCCAAGGAUUCAAGCCUCAAUUCGCCCAGCUGGACAGGCAUCUCCUCGACUGUCGGCGGCACACCAGCAACGACCGAUAAGGAUGCCGACUCGGCGCGCGCAUCGACCGGAUCUGGUGGUGCGAUCAUACCUGUACCGCCACCAUCCACGAAACGGGCUCGUGGCGCCACAACCAAAAACGACACCUCCGAGAAGGGUCUCAUCGACAUCUCCUUCCACCGCGUCCUCCCCGCCCACAACGAAACCCUGGUCGGCCUCCACGCCACCGUCACCGGCGCCGCCAGCAGCGCCGCGCCCUCCCCGGCCCUCGAACAACUCUCCCCCACCCGCGCCGCCCACUCCACCUCCGCCUCCGCCACCGCCAGCCCCACCGCCCUCACCUCGACCACCACCACCGCCGCCGCCGCCGACGACGACGACUCGGGCCUCUUCAUCUUCAAACUCCUCCCGCCCAAGACCGGGCUCGCCAAGGGCGUGAACUUCACCAAGCCGACGGUGCACUACUUCGCGCUGCCGUCGCGCUCCGCCGGCCGCCUCUGGAUGGCCGCGCUGAUGAAGGCCACCAUCGACCGGGACCCGGGCGCCACCGUCACCACCACCUACAACCAGAAGACCAUCUCCCUCGCCAAAGCCCGCGCCCGCAAGGAGCGCCCCGACGCCCUCCGCGAUUUCCACCACGCCGAGGACGCCGCCAGCAUCGGCACCGCCGCGAGCGAGCGGACGCGGGACAGCACCGGCUACGCGGCCGCGGCGACGGGGACGGAAGACGGCCGGGAGGGGGAAUCUCACCGGUAGAUUUUUCCUCUGCCCCCCUCGCUUCUCCCGGGCGGCGGUGGUGGGAUGGAUCCGGAACGGAACGGAAUGCAAUGUAAUGCAAUGCAACGG